CUCCUGAAGGAUUUACCGUGAUGGACUUGAUAUGAGGACGAAGUUUUCUCUCUUUAAAAAUCUAUGUGUUUUUUAUAGCUGAGAUGUGAUUUUUGUGGUUCCCCCUUAAUGAAAAUCCAGAGUCAUCACAAUUCCCAGAGCCCCAAACCCUGACACCUUAAAGUCACAAAUUCCCAAUACCACUUGCUUGUCUUAGAAGUUACCACCUCCCUUUCCCCUUAUUUCUAGCCUUGUGCUGUAAAAUCAAUGCUUUUAAGCAUGUAAAAUCCUAACCUUAAACUCAUUUACAUCUACCUUCACUUUAACCCUUACCCCUCGCUAUCUUUAGACAUUUGGAGCCCUUUGAUACCCCUCUCACCAUCAUGGCCUUGGAUCAGUGGCCCUUUCUCCCAACUCCCCCCAACAUCUCCAUGCCUGAGCCCCUCCUCUACGAUAGCUACUUCCAGGGGAAUGAGUCUGACCUGGAUCUGAACACAUCAGAGACCAAGGAGCGUCAUCAGGACAAGACCAGCUCUGUGGUCAUCACCUUCAUCUACUUCGUGGUAUGUGCCGUGGGACUGUGCGGCAACACCUUGGUCAUAUACGUCAUCCUGCGCUACGCCAAAAUGAAGACGGUGACCAACAUCUACAUCCUGAACCUGGCGGUGGCAGACGUUCUGUGUAUGAUGAGCCUGCCGUUCAUCGCACUGCAGCUGACACUGGUGCACUGGCCCUUUGGAGAAGUGCUUUGCAGGGUGAUCAUGACUGUAGACUCUCUCAAUCAGUUCACCAGCAUAUUCUGUCUGAUGGUGAUGAGCAUCGAUCGAUACUUGGCUGUGGUCCACCCAAUUAAGUCAACAAAAUGGCGGAAGCCCCGUGUAGCCAAGCUAAUUAACCUGACAGUGUGGGUUGUGUCGCUGUUAGUCAUCCUACCUACUAUGAUCUUCAGUGGCCUGGACAAGGUGCCAGUAUGUGGGAUUGUGUGGCCGGAGCCCCAGGAUGUCUAUUACACAGCCUUCAUAUUCUACACCUUCUUCAUUGGGUUCUUCCUGCCGCUAACGGUCAUAUGUCUGUGCUACCUGCUCAUUAUAGUCAAGGUUAAGUCGUCUGGCAUACGAGUGUGUUCCACCAAGCGCAAGCGCUCCGAGCGUAAGGUGACACGGAUGGUGUCCAUCGUGGUGGCGGUGUUCGUCCUCUGUUGGCUGCCUUUCUACAUUUUCAACGUCACCUCCGUCACCGGCUCCAUCAAGCCCACCUCUGCUGUGAAGAGCACCUUCGACUUUGUAGUGGUGCUCGGCUACGCCAACAGCUGCGCCAACCCCAUCCUGUACGCUUUCCUGUCAGACAACUUCAAGAAGAGCUUUCAGAACGUUCUGUGCCUGAAAAAGGUAGCGGGCCUGGACGAGAUUGAUCGCAGUGACAGCAGGGCAGACAGGAGCAGGAUGGCUAACGAUGCCGCAAUCAUCAGUGCCAACUUGGAGACUCACAAUGCUGCACUGCUCAAUGGCGAGCUUCAGACCAGCAUCUGAGGGUAAAGGAGCGGCAGUCGCAUCCAGGGAGGCUAGAGAGAGAUCAGUGGUGCUUGGGGCUUCCAGACUAAUGGGCCACCACUGCACUGCUAGUGACCCCUGUUCAAAGAUGCGGGGCAGGAGGAUGAUGUACUGCUAUUGCUCAUGGAGAAUGACAUAUGAGUAAAGUCUAAGUAAAAAAUAAAUUCAGGUCAGGGAAAGU